AUGGUGGCCUUGAUCGGUGCACAUACCAUAGGGAUGUCCCACUGCGACCAAUUUGCCCAUAGGCUAUUCGGCUUCGGCAAAACUUUGAAAAUUGAUCCCGCCUAUAAUCCCGAGUAUGCGGCAUGGCUGAGGAAGCUCUACGAGAACUACAAGAAGGAGUCUACCAUGGUGGCUUACAAUGACAUGAUAACUCCGGUUAAGUUCAACAACAUGUAUUUCAAGAACUCGUGGCGAGAGUUGGGGUUGCUGGCCAUUGAUUCCGCCCUCUUCACUGAUCCCCAAACAAAGCCUUUCAUCGAAACCUACACCUAUGAUGAAGGGAAGUUCUUUCAGGACUUCUCCCACGCCAUCGAAAAGCUCCGCGUCUUGGAUGUUAAAACCGGAAAGGAAGGAGAGGUGCAGAGCAGAUGUGAUUUCUUCAACGCACUUAAUUGA